AUGGACGAGCCAUACAGCGGCUCCAACGGCCGUCUGGUCGCCAGCAGCCGCAACGAUGCGCCGCCCGAUGCGCCGCCCGAGCCAGACCUCGUCUCCAAGGGCGGCCUCUCCUCCACCGACCUCUCGCCCUCCUCCUCGGCAGCAAGGUUCAACGGCCUCGUUGACACGGCCAGGCUCAAGAACUACUUUCGCUCUCUGCUUCCCGUCCUCCUCGAUACCGAUGCUUCCGUCAUCUCGGAGCGCCUGCUCGACACGCCCACGUGGAAGGACAGCGCAAACCUCUUUGCCUGCGACCCCAACGUCAUGGCUGCCUACAUUAACAAGAUCCGCCGUCAGGAUUCGGCCGCAGACGCUCCAGAACACCACCUCUUCGACUACGAAAUGUCCACACACGCUUCCUACUCGUCGCGCCACGUCUCGAGCAUCGCCCUCAUCAAGCGCGUCGCCGUGCUCGACGCCGCCGUGCCCCUCCCACAUCAGCUCCACGUACUCACGCUCUUUGGCCCCGCUGCGGCCCCGUCCACAUCCACAGAUGCCGCUGCUGCUCCAACAACAGCAUCAGACGCUGCUGGCGCCAGGAACGCCAACGACGACGCCGACGAAGCCACCGCCGCAACCACCGUCCGAGAGAGCCCCUACGAGGCGCUUCACAGCGUGGUCCACAACGUCAUGUCGCCCUGGUUCGACGCUUUCGUCGCCAGCAAGGCUCCCAAGGACAAGUCGCUCACAUCCGGCGCAAAGCCAAAGGACAGCGAUACAAAGAUGGGCAUCCCCAUGGCGAAGCGCAAGUUCGCAGAACUCGAACUCAGCCUCUUCCACCUCCAGCAGAACGUCGACAUCCCAGACAUCACCCUCUCCAUCCAUCCCGUCGUACGCGCCGCCGUAGACCGAUGCCACGCCGCCGCCGUCCGCGUCAGCGUCGACGCCGUCGAGCCCGCCUCGCUCCUCCAGGACUCGUCCUUCCUCAACAAGCUCCAGUCCGACGUCAACGCCUGGGUCAAGGAAGUACAGACCAUCACAAAGCUCGACCGCAGCGUCGCCUCCGGUUCCGCCUCCCAAGAGAUCAACUUUUGGCUCUCCAUGGAAAAGGCGCAGGAGUCCAUCGAGCAGCAGCUCCGCUCCGACCCCAUCGUCCUCACCCUCGACAUCCUCAAGCAUGCAAAGCGCUUCCACGCAACCGUCUCCUUCCUCGCAGACACCGGCCUCAAGGACUGCGCUGAAAAGACGCACAACUACAACCUCCUCAUGAAGGACUUCCCCAUCAACGAGCUCCUCUCCGCCACCGACCUCGACAAGUGCGCAGACGCCCUCAGCGCCAUCUUCAACCACCUCAACAAGAAGCUCCGCAUCAGCCCCUACCCCGUCAAGCGCGCCCUCCCGCUCGUCGAGGCCAUCAGCCGCGACCUCAACGACACCCUGCUCAAGGUGCUCGCCUCCCAGCGCAUCAUGUGGCACGAGUUCCCGCGCUUCUCCGACACCAUCUCGGCAACCCAAGACGUCUUCCACGUCUGGGACGAGCUCAUCAAGGACUUUGUCAACAUCGCCCGCGAAGUCACCCGCAAGCGCUCCGAAAAGUUCCUCCCCAUCAAGAUCAACCCGGCACACGCAAAGCUCCGCGAGCGCCUCAACUACAUUGGCGCCUUCCGAAAGACCCACGAGCAACUCCGCGCCAUGGUCAGCUCCGGCAAGGGGCUCAUCCUCCCCGGCGCAAACGCCGGCGGCGUCGCAAGCGCAGGCGCCGCCAACGAGCGCCACGUCGCCACACAGAACCUCGCCGGCAUCGAGAUGAGCGAAGAGAUCCGCGCCGCCUACGACCAGGUCAAGGUCAUCGACGUCCUCGACGUCUCCCAAGAGGGCACCGAGAUCUGGACCACAGCCGAAGGCGCCUACAACGAACGUGUGGCGCGCGUCGAGAAUACGCUCAUCGCCCGUCUGCGCGACCUCCUCGGCCAGGCCAAAUCCGCCCGCGAGAUGCUCCGCGUCCUCUCCCAGUUCAACAGCCUCUUUGUCAGGCCCAAGGUGCGCGGCGCCGUGCAGGAGUACCAGCAGCAGCUGCUCAACAGCGUCAAAUCCGACAUCAAGUCGCUCCACGACAAGUUCAAGGCGCAGUACCGUCCCUCCGAGGCAAACCACAUGAGCCAGCUCCGCGACGUGCCCGAGAUCGCAGGCGCCAUCAUCUGGGCACGCCAGAUCGAGCGCCAGCUCAACAUCUACAUGAAGCGCGUCGAAGACGUCCUCGGCAAGGGCUGGGAGCUCUACGCAGAGGGCCAGAAGCUGCAGAGCGAGAGCGAGACCUUCCGGCGCAAGCUCGACACGCGUUCGCUCUUCGACAGCUGGCUCCACGACAUCAACCGCCGCGACAUGACCAUCGCCGGUCGCGUCUUCGACGUCACCAAGAACCGCGCCGCCAACAAUGCGCUCCAGCUCAGCGUCAACUUUGACGGACACACCAUCUCGCUCUUCAAGGAGGUGCGCAACCUCAUCUGGCUCAACUUCCAGAUCCCGCACGCCAUCACCAACCUCGCCAAGGACGCCAAAAAGGUCUACCCGCACGCCGUCUCGCUCAUGGAAACAGUGCGCACGUACAACCAGACCUGCAGCCUCGUGCGUGCCAACCCUGAAAUCACGUGCCUCAUCGCCCAGGUUCACGCCGACGCCCACCAGCUCAUCUCGCAGGGCAUGACGCUCCGCUGGGAGCACUUUGCAAACAUCUACGAGAGCCACCGCGCCGCCUCGUACCUGCCCGGCUCCGGCGCAGACGCCGGCCGCGAGAAUCGCCAGGUCGCCUUUGUCCGCCAGUUCGCCAGCACCGUCAGCCUCUUCCAGGACAAGACCGCCGAGCUCAUCGAGAUCCAGCGCGACAUGCGCGCCACCAUCGACGAGCUCGCCAAGUGCGCCUACCGCUCCGACGCCUUUGCAGAGCGUCUGCAGAAGAUCCAGAACACCAUCGACAAGCUCAACCUCGAGGGCUACCCCAACCUCGAAGAGUGGGUCGGCAACCUCGACGGCCUCAUCGAGGACGUGCUGCUGCGCCGGCUCAGGUCGGUCAGUGCCGCCUGGUGCACCGCUUUCGUGGGUCAUGGUCAGAGCCAGGGCGGCGCAGGUGCCGCACGCGGCGAUCGCAGGUCCAAAAAGGUAGUCAUCAACGGCACGGCGGGAGGCGCUGCCCAGGACGCCGAGGGCGCCGUCGAGGAUAUUGUGCUGGAGCCCAUCACGCACGAGGUGCGCAUCCAGAACCAGGUCAUCUUCCUCGACCCACCCCUCGAGCACGCACGUGCUUCGUGGUUCCGUCAGCUUCACGAGGUGCUUUCGGUCGUCUGCUGCCUCACGCGCGUCCAGAGCUCGCGCUACGAGAUCGGCCUGCAGAUGCGCACCAAGCAGCGCGUCACCGAGAACGACUACACCUCGCUGCUCACGCGCUUCCAGGACGACUCGCUCGAGCGGCCGUUCGUGCUCAUCGAGGCCAAGCUCGCCGAGGUGGGCAGCUACGUUGCCAAGUGGCUCCAGUUCCAGUCGCUGUGGGACCUCGAGUCCGAGCAUGUGUUUGCGCGCCUCGGCGACUCGCUCGCCAGCUGGCAGCAGCUGCUCGCCGAGAUCCGCCGCACGCGCGCCACCUUUGACAACUCGGACACCCAGCGCUCGUUUGGCAUCUGCGUCAUCGACUACGACCAGGUGCAGAGCAAGGUCAACGCAAAGUACGACACGUGGCAGCGCGACAUCCUCAACCGCUUCGGCACCAAGCUCGGCGCCGCCAUGCGCGACGUGCACGCCGCCGUCGCCAAGGCGCGCGUCGAGCUCGAGCAGCACAGCAUCGAGGGCAGCUCCACCGCGCAGGCGGUCACCUUCAUCACGUUUGUGCAGGAUCUCAAGCGCAAGACCAAGGCGUGGCAGCCGCAGAUCGACAUCUUUGGCACGGGCCAGAAGACGCUCGAGCGCCAGCGCUACAUGUUCCCGCAGGACUGGCUCUACGUCGACCAGGUCGAGGGCGAGUGGAGCGCCUUCCAGGAGAUCCUCACGCGCAAGAACGCCAGCAUCCAGGAGCAGCUCGCCGGCCUCCAGAUGAAGAUCAUCGCAGAGGACAAGAUCGUGAGCGAAAAGAUGGCCACGCUCAUCAGCGAGUGGGAGCAGCAGAAGCCCAUCCAGGGCACGCUCAAGGCCGACGGCGCCAUGAACACCAUCAACGUCUUCGAGUCGCGCGUCGCCAAGCUCGCCGAGGACCGCGCGCUGGUCGUGCGCGCCAAGGAGGCGCUCGACCUCGAGCACACGCAGGACGACAGGCUCGAGCCGGUGUUCGAGGAGCUGCGCGACCUCAAGACGGUCUGGACCGCGCUCUCGGGCACGUGGGGCCAGCUCGCCGAGAUCCGCGACACCAACUGGAGCAACGUGCAGCCGAGGAAGCUGCGCCAGCAGCUCGAUGCGCUGCUCGCCCAGACGCGCGACAUGCCCAGCCGCAUGCGCCAGUACGCGGCGUUCGAGUACGUGCAGGAGCACCUGCGCGCGCUGCUCAAGAGCAACGCCGUCAUCUCGGAUCUCAAGUCCGAGGCGAUGCGCGAGCGUCACUGGCGCUCGCUCUUCAAGCAGCUCAAGGUGCACGACCACUACUCGGCCAGCAGCAUGACGCUCGGCACCGUGUGGGACCUCGACCUCAAGAGGCACGACGCCGCCGUCAAGGCCGUCGUCGCGCAGGCGCAGGGCGAGCUGGCGCUCGAGGAGUACCUCAAGCAGGUGCGCGAGGCGUGGACCAACUACACGCUCGAUCUGGUCAACUACCAGAACAAGUGCCGCCUCAUCCGCGGCUGGGACAACCUCUUCCAGCUCGCGGGCGACAACCUGAAUGCGCUGCGGGCCAUGUCGAUGAGUCCGCACUACAAGGUGUUCGAGGAGGAGGCGUCGCUGUGGGAGGACCGGCUGAGCAAGAUCUCGGUGCUCUUUGACACCUGGAUCGACGUCCAGCGCCAGUGGGUGUAUCUCGAGGGCAUCUUUAGCGGCAGCGCCGAGAUCCGCCACAUCCUGCCCGUCGAGAGCUCGCGCUUCCAGAACAUCAACACCGAGUUCCUCACCGUGAUGCGCAAGGUGUACAAGUCGCCCUUCGUGCUCGACGUGCUCAACAUCCCGGGCGUCCAGAAGAGCCUCGAGCGUCUGGCCGACCUGCUGAGCAAGAUCCAGAAGGCGCUCGGAGAGUAUCUGGAGCGCGAGCGCGCCAACUUCCCGCGCUUCUACUUUGUCGGCGACGAGGACCUGCUCGAGAUCAUCGGCAACUCCAAGGACACCGCGCGCAUCCUCAAGCACCUCAAGAAGAUGUUUGCCGGCAUCGCCACCGUCGAGCUCGACGAGGCCGCCGGCACGCUCACCGCCAUGGUGAGCCGCGAGGGCGAGACGGUGCCGUUCCGCACGCCCAUCCUGCUCAAGGACUACCCCAAGAUCAACGACUGGCUCGCCAAGGUCGAGAGCGAGAUGCGGCUGUCGCUCGCCGAACUCCUGUCCGAGGCGGCCGCCGAGCUCGAAACGUUCUACGCGAGCGUCGACUCGCUCACGCUCGACCGGUUUUUGGCGUGGAUCGCAAAGUAUCCGGCGCAGCUCGUCGUGCUGGCGGUGCAGGCGCGCUGGACGGCGAUGGUGGAUGCGGCGUUCGAGGGCGGUGCGGGGCUGCAGCAUCCGCUCGACGUCGUGCUGCGCGGGCUCGACCUGCUCGCCGACACGGUGCUGACCGAUGUCGAGGCGCUGCAGCGCCGCAAGUGCGAGCACCUCAUCACCGAGCUCGUGCACCAGCGAGACGUCAUCCGCCUGCUCGUGCAGCAGAAGGUCGAGAGCGCACGCGACUUCAACUGGCUCUCGCAGAUGCGCUUCUACCUCAACCGGCAGGUGGACAAGCCGCUGGACCGCCUCACGGUGCAGAUGGCCAACGCCACCUUCGCGUACGGCUACGAGUAUCUGGGUGUGCCCGAUCGGCUGGUGCAGACGCCGCUCACCGACCGAUGCUACCUCACGCUCACGCAGGCGCUCCACUACAAGCUCGGCGGCGCGCCGUUCGGACCGGCAGGCACGGGCAAGACCGAGUCGGUCAAGGCGCUCGGCGUGCAGCUGGGCAUGUUUGUCAUUGUGUUCUGCUGCGACGAGACGUUCGACUUCCAGGCCAUGGGCCGCAUCUUUGUGGGCCUCUGCCGCGUCGGCGCCUGGGGCUGCUUCGACGAGUUCAAUCGACUCGAGGAGCGCAUCCUGUCGGCCGUGUCGCAGCAGAUCCAGAGCAUCCAGCAGGGUCUGGCCGACUCGAGCGGCGCCAACGCCAGCAGCAGCGGCAGCAGCAGCAGCGGCGCAGGCGAGAUCGAGCUGCUCGGUAAGAAGGUGCCGCUCAACGACCGCGUCGGCAUCUUUAUCACCACCAACCCGACGUACGCCGGCCGAUCCAAUCUGCCGGACAACCUCAAGAAGCUCUUCCGCAACAUGGCCAUGACGCAUCCGGACCGCGAGCUGAUUGCGCAGGUCAUGCUCUUCUCGCAGGGCUUCCGCACCGCCGAGACGCUCGCCUCCAAGAUCGUGCCGUUCUUCAACCUGUGCCUCGAGCAGCUCAGUCCGCAGCCGCACUACGACUUUGGGCUGCGUGCGCUCAAGGCGGUGCUGGUGAGCGCGGGCCAGCUCAAGCGCGAGCACAUGCUUGGCGGCGGCGACGGCGAGGUGGCGACGCACGCGGCGAUCGAGGUGUCGGAGCAGGAGAUCCUCAUCCAGAGCGUGUCCGAGACGAUCGUGCCCAAGCUGGUGGCCGAGGACGUGCCGCUGCUCAAGAGCCUGCUGUCCGACGUCUUCCCCGGCGUCGAGUACAAGCCGGUCAACCUCGAGGUGCUGCGCGGCCACAUCGAGGCGGUGUGUGCCGAGCGCCAUCUGGUCGAGGGCGGGCUUUGGACGGACAAGGUGCUGCAGCUGUACCAGAUCCAGAAGAUCUCGCACGGCCUCAUGCUCGUCGGGCCGUCGGGCACGGGCAAGACGCAGGCGUGGCAGGUGCUGCUUGCGGCGCUCGAGCGGCUCGAGGGCCAGGAGGGCGUGUCGUACGUGAUCGACCCCAAGGCGGUGUCCAAGGAGAGUCUGUACGGCACGCUCGAUCCGACGACGCGCGAGUGGAACGACGGCCUCUUCACGCAGGUGCUGCGCAAGAUCAUCGACAAUGUCAGGGGCGAGAGCGCCAAGCGCCACUGGAUCGUGUUUGACGGCGACGUGGAUCCGGAAUGGGUCGAGAACCUCAACUCGGUGCUCGACGACAACAAGCUGCUCACGCUGCCCAACGGCGAGCGGCUCAACCUGCCGCCCAACGUGCGCAUCAUGUUUGAGGUCGAGUCGCUGCGCUACGCCACGCUGGCGACGGUGUCGCGCUGCGGCAUGAUCUGGUUCAGCGACGACAUUGUGCGCCCCUCGAUGCUCUACUCGCGCUACCUGACGGGUCUGCGCUCGACGCCGAUCGAGCUCGACGACGACGAGCUGGUGGGUGCGGUGGCGGCGCGGCGUGCGGCGGCGGCAGCCUCGACGGCAGCAACCACCACGAGCGAGGUGAGCCCCGACUUGCUCGUGCAGCGCGCGGUGGCGGACGCGCUGGCGCCGCUAUUCGACGACGACGGCCUGGUGAACGGCGCGCUCGAGUUCGCGCGGUCCAAGCCGCACAUUAUGGACUUCACCGAGGCGCGUGCGCUGUCGACGCUCUUUUCGCUCGUCAACAAGACGAUCCGCAACGUGCUCGACUACAACGCAGCGCAUCCGGACUUUCCGCUGGGCGGCGAGCAGAUCGAGGCGUAUGCGACGCGGCGGCUGCUGCUCGCGCUCGUGUGGGCGUUUACGGGCGAUGCGAAGCUCGAGGUGCGCGCCGAGAUGGGCGAGCAUCUGCGCAGCCGCACGGGCAUCGAGCUGCCGCCGCUCGGCGCGGGCGCGUCGCUGAUCGACUGGGACGUGACGCUGACGCGCGGCGCGGUGGAGUGGACGUCGUGGCUGAGCAAGGUGCCUACGAUCGAGAUCGACACGGCGGCGGUGUCGGCGGCGGACGUGGUGGUGCCCACCAUCGACACGGUGCGCCACGAGGACGUGCUGUACUCGUGGCUGUCCGAGCACAAGCCGCUCAUGCUGUGCGGUCCGCCCGGCUCGGGCAAGACCAUGACGCUGUUUUCGGCGCUGCGCAAGCUGCCGGACAUGGAGGUGGUGGGGCUCAACUUUUCGUCGGCGACGACGCCCGAGCUCAUCCUCAAGACGUUUGAGCAGUACUGCGAGUACCGCAAGACGCCGAACGGGAUCGUGCUCUCGCCGUCGCAGAUCGGACGCUGGCUCGUGCUCUUUUGCGACGAGAUCAACCUGCCCGCCACGGACAAGUACGGCACGCAGCGCGUCAUCUCGUUCCUGCGCCAGCUCGUCGAGGGCGGUGGGUUUUGGCGGAUCAGCGACAAGGCGUGGGUGCGGCUGGAGCGGAUCCAGUUUGUCGGGGCGUGCAAUCCGCCUACGGAUCCGGGACGUGUGGCGCUGUCGCACAGGUUCCUGCGACAUGCGCCGCUGAUCAUGGUCGACUAUCCGGGCGAGAUUUCGCUCAACCAGAUCUACGGCACGUUCAACCGCGCGCUGCUCAAGGUGACGCCGAAUCUGCGCGGGUAUGCCGAGGCGCUCACGGCGGGCAUGGUGGACUUCUACCUGGCGAGUCAGCGGCGGUUUACGCCCGACAUCCAGGCGCACUAUGUCUACUCGCCGCGCGAGCUGACGCGGUGGAUGCGCGGCAUCUUUGAGGCGAUCCGCGAGCUGGAGGCGUUGUCGGUGGAGGGGCUGGUGCGCGUGUGGGCGCACGAGGGGUUGCGGCUGUUCCAGGACCGGCUGGUUGGGCGCGACGAGAAGCGGUGGACGGACGAGCAGCUGGAUGCUGUUGCGGCGCAUCGGUUCCCGAGCGUCGACACGGGCGUGGCGUUGGCGCGGCCGAUUCUGUUCAGCAACUGGCUGAGCAAGGAGUACAAGAGCGUGGGGCGCGAGGCUGUGCGCGAGUAUGCCAAGGCGCGACUCAAGGGGUAUUCGGACGAGGAGCUCGAGGCGAGUCUGGUGCUGCACGAUAGCGUGUUGGAUCUGGCGCUGUCGUGCGAUCGCGUGCUGCGGCAGCCGGCUGGGCACUUGCUGUUGAUCGGUGCGUCGGGAAGUGGACGUACGACGGUGACGCGGUUCUGCGCCUGGAUGCGCGGCUUGUCGCUGUUCAGCAUCAGCACGAGCAACCGGUAUACCGAGGAGCACUUUGACGACGACCUGCGUGCGCUGCUGCGCCGCGUCGGAUGCAAGGGCGAGAAGGUGUGCUGGACGAUCGACGAGUCGCAGAUGUCCAAUGCCGCGCGGCUGGAGAAGCUCAACACGCUUCUGGCCAAUGCCGAGGUGGCAGGGCUGUUCGAGGGCGACGAGUACGCGAGUUUGGUCAGCGCCCUGCGAGAGGCUAGUCAGAGGAACGGGCUGAUGCUCGAUCAGGACGAGGAGCUGUUUGCCUUCUUCCGCGGCGAGAUCACGCGCAACCUGCAUGUCGCACUGACGAUGAACCCUCCCGAGGGCGGCACUGGGUCCAAAGCCGCCGCCAGUCCGGCGCUGUUCAACCGCACCAGCAUUCUGUUCUGCUGGUGA